ACAACCUCGGCCUCGACCUUCAUACCGCUACUUUCACCUCCUUCUCUUUCUACGACCACUCGCUGAGACCUGAGACAACUUGAUGGAACCUAUGCAGGGGCCUCAAACAGAUAAUCCGCUCUCAUAUCCCGUCGCAUCGAGCUCGAAGGACUCUACGCCACCUCCUCCGCCUCCGCGAGCAAGGCAACUCCUGAAGGAUCGACUCUACGUCGGGAAUCUGGCACAUUCUGCGGACGAGUACACGUUGCUCCAAGUGUUCUCAAAGUAUGGCAAGAUUUCCAAGCUGGACUUUCUAUUCCACAAGACAGGACCCCUGAAGGGCAAGCCACGGGGAUAUGCAUUCGUAGAGUAUGCAGACGAAAACGAUGCAGCGAAGGCACUCGUCUCCGCGCAUGACAAGCUGCUGCGUGGUCGGAAGCUGGUGGUGACCUAUGCUCAGCAGGCACCAAUAGACCCACUCACGGGCUCCCAAUUGCGGAACAAGCGGCAUAUGAGCGAUAUUGGCAAGCCGACUACGUUGAGUUUGAUUAAGAGUGUCAAUGCUGGCCGGUCGGAAGCUACGCAAGAUAAAAUUGCAAAGAUGGAAGCGAAGCUCCGUCAGAUGGAGCAGUCGUCGUCGUCUGCCGUGCCAUCGCCUCCUCUGCAUCCCUCUCUACCGCCGAAGCCCAUGGGGGCCGCAUUGGCGACGACACUUGCGUCUUCGAGCCACUCUGCGCAGCACAUCAACGUGAAGAAGUCGAGUGCGCUACCUGCCCUGCCCCUCGCUGCGCCCACACCUGCCCCUCGAGCACCCCCUGUCGCAUCUGCAAGGACGGUGCUCGUCUCGCUGGCCCCGCCGGCUCGGAAAGCGACCUCUGCGCUAACAGGGGUCAAAAUUAAGAAGCACAAAGAGACAUCUUAGAAACGACUAGAGGUUUAUAUACUGUAUGUUUGACUAAUUCGUGUUGUAUUCCUACUCGAAGGCAUAGUAUGGCAGCUGCACAUCAGUGAUUCGCAUUCGAGAGAGAUCUGACAGCUCCACCGCAUACUUAGUCGUACAAGCUUCGAUUUUCCAGACAAACGUGCGGCGUGAGUUAGAACC